GUAUUUCUGAAAGAAUUUGGACUAAGCAUUAAAUGCGUUUUCCUACUUUUAAUCUGGACUGCUGUAGGAUAACCAUGUUACAGUGUUCUUCCUACUUCUAUAGCAUUAUCUUGAAGUUAUCAAACCAUCCAAUCUGGAUUGACAAGAAAAAGCUCCAACAGUUUGCAUCUUAUACUUUGACCCCAUUCCAUUUUUAUUGGACCAUUCUGGUUGCACUAACUUUUCCUUGUUCUAUACAUUGUAUAACAUACAAGGUGGGGGUCAUUGGACCCUGGGCAUGUGACCCUAUUUUUGCCAAAGCUCUUCCAGAUGUUGCUGCUAAAUUGGCUAUUGAUCAAAUCAAUAAGGAUUCUUCUUUAAAUCUUGGCAACCACUUAGAUUAUGUGAUAUUAAAUGAAGACUGUCAAACCUCCAAAGCACUAGUUGCUUUUCUUGGGUAUUCAGACAUAGUGUCUGGAUUCAUUGGCCCAGUAAAUCCAGGCUACUGUGAUGCUGCUUCCCUUCUGGGGAAAAAUUGGAAUAGAAUUAUAUUUUCAUGGGCUUGUGUUAAUUAUGAAUUGGAUGAUGCCAUAAAUUACCCAACAUUUGCGAGAACAUUGCCAUCUCCAACACAAGUUCUCUUCAAAGUGAUGAAAUACUUCCGGUGGGCACACGUGGCCAUCAUCUCAUCAGCUGAAGACAUUUGGGUGGAUACAGCUGUGAACUUGGGUAGUGCUCUCAGGAAACGAGGCCUGCCUGUGCGAAUUGUGUUGCCAAUGGCCAAAGAACCUGCGAGUAUCAGAAAAGUUCUAGAGAAAAUAAAAUCUCUUGACAAACUUCGCGUGAUCAUCAUGUGUAUGCAUUCAGUUCUCAUUGGAGGCAGGGUUCAGAAACAGGUUUUGGAAGUUGCCCAUGACUUGCAGAUGACUGAUGGCAGCUACAUCUUUAUACCAUAUGAUACUCUUCUAUACAGCCUCCCAUAUGAAAACACUCCCUACCCAGUGCUGGUGAAUAACUCCAAGCUACAGAAGGCUUAUGACUCAGUGCUGACUAUCACUAUGGAUUCUACAAGAAAGUCAUUUCAUCAGGCAUUUCAGGAACAUGUGCAAAAGCAGGAAAUUGCAACACAUUUGAAGCCUGAGCAGGUGUCACCUCUGUUUGGAACAAUCUACAAUGCAAUCUACUUUCUUGCCAAAGCUAUGCACAAUAGUAAAAAACACAGAGCCUGGAUCUCUGGCAGCAACAUCGCAAAAUUUUCCAAAAACAUCAGGUUUGAAGGCUUUAACCAAAAGAUCUGGACAGAUAAAACUGGGGAAAGCUUCGCUGAUUAUGUAAUCCUGGACACUGAUGGCGAAGGAAAUGAACUGCAUCGCACUUACCUUGUUGAUAUGGAAGCGGAUUUAAUAUGGUUAACAGGGCAAGUAAUUCACUUUCCUAAUGGAGUCCUGCCAAAAACCGACUCUGCAUGUUGGUUCAUCCGUGGGAAAAUCUGCACAGGAGGCAUUGAUCCUUUCUAUGCUGUCACGGUGCCACUGUUGAUUAUGUUUGCUAUGCUCUUCGGUGCGGGUCUUGCUUGCUUUAUAAGGCGGCAAAUAAUUCAGAUAAAAUUAAUGAAAGGCCCUGAUAGGAUUUUACUGACAUUCAAUGAUGUGACAUUUAUAAAUCCACAGAUGAGUAAAAAGAAAAUCAGCACUGAGGACAGUCAACUUAGCGAAGGAGCACAAAGUCUUUCCGAGACAAGGAGUAGGAAAUCUCAAAUACGAUCAUACUCACUUAGAAGCCUUACACCUGCCACCUAUGAAAAUUCAAAUGUAGCAGUUUAUGAGGGUGACUGGGUUUGGCUGAAAAAAUUCCCUUAUGAAGAAUUUGGUGACAUAAAACCAAGCACAAAAGCUGUAUUUGAGAUGAUGAAGGACCUACGACAUGAAAACAUAAACCUUUUCCUUGGCUUCUUCCAUGACUGUGGGUUGCUUGCUAUCGUGACAGAAUUCUGCACUCGUGGGAGCCUGCUCGAUCUACUGAGAAAUGAAGAUGUAAAAUUGGACUGGAUGUUCAAGUCAUCACUUCUGUUGGAUCUGAUCAAGGGUAUGCGGUACUUGCACCAUCAUAAUUACAUACAUGGAAACCUGAAGUCACGCAACUGUGUGGUGGAUGGCCGCUUUGUGCUUAAAGUGACGGACUAUGGCUAUGUUGAGGUGGCGAAAACCCAGAACAUUCCAUUGAUGGAGCCUCCAGCAGAAGAAUUUUUGUGGACUGCUCCUGAGAUACUACGAAAACCCAACCCUUUAAUGAAUGGCACCUUCAAAAGUGAUAUUUAUAGUUUCUCCAUAAUAAUGCAGGAGGUGGUUGUACGAGGCCCACCAUAUUGCAUGUUUGAAAUGUCUGCAGAAGAAAUUAUCCAGACUAUAAAAAAGCCUCCCCCUUUACUCAGGCCCAUUAUUACCUCGGAUCAGGCUCCCAUGGAAUGUAUUCAGUUAAUGAGGCAGUGCUGGAAUGAAUUACCGGAAAAAAGACCAUCCUUUGAUGAGGUCUUUGAUAACUUCGGAAACAUUAACAAAGGCAGAAAGACCAAUAUCAUUGACUCUAUGCUGAGAAUGCUUGAACAAUAUUCCAGUAAUUUAGAAGAUUUGAUAAGAGAGCGAACUGAGGAAUUAGAAAUAGAGAAACAGAAGACAGAGAAACUCCUGACCCAGAUGUUACCUCAAUCAGUUUCAGAGUCCCUGAAGACUGGCUGUACUGUUGAGCCUGAGUACUUUGACCAGGUAACCCUGUAUUUCAGCGACAUUGUAGGUUUUACUACAAUAUCAGCAAUGAGUGAGCCCAUCGAAGUGGUCGACCUACUGAAUGACCUCUAUACGCUUUUUGAUGCAGUGUUGGAAAAUCAUGACGUCUAUAAGGUGGAAACAAUUGGGGAUGCUUACAUGGUUGCCUCUGGCCUUCCAAAGCGGAAUGGUAACAGGCAUGCAGCUGAGAUUGCAAACAUGUCUCUGGAUAUCCUGAGUUCAGUGGGCACCUUUAAAAUGAGACACAUGCCAGAUGUGCCAGUCAGAAUAAGGAUAGGGCUGCACUCAGGACCAUCAGUUGCAGGAGUUGUGGGUCUGACCAUGCCACGCUAUUGUCUUUUCGGAGACACCGUCACUACAGCCUCACGCAUGGAAUCUACAGGGCAACCCUAUCGUAUUCAUGUCAAUCAUACAACUGUUAAAAUUCUUAUAAGUCUGAAUGAGGGUUAUAAGGUGGAGCUGAGGGAGAAGACUGAACUGAAGGGCACAGGCUUUGAUGAGACCUACUGGCUGGUGGGGAAAACUGGCUUUACCAAGCCUCUACCAAAUCCUCCAGAACUGAAGCCUGGGCAAAGUACUCACGGUUUGCAGAUGGAAGAAAUGGCCAGAUACAAAAAAAUGAAAGCAUUAAAACUGCAAAAGGAGAAUGUCCAGUUGUGAGGACCUGAAGGACAAACGCAGCCCAGGUAGAGCAGCACAGCUCCCACAGGAGAACAGUGAAAGCUUCACAGAUGGCAACCUUAAUCCUCAUCCUCUUAUUGUGAGCCCAUCAGCUGAUUAAGAAGGACAUUGCAAAAGGUUAUUCUUAAUGGCAUUAGGGUCAUUGCAGUGGAUAAACCAUCAAGGGCUAGAUCAUUAAAAGUAAUCUUGGAGGAAAGUUUAAAACAUCUUCCGUAGAAAUGAUAACUAUAAAAACAAAGCUGCUACAUAUUGCUAGAAUAAAAAGUUUGAUCUCACCAAUUAAGGAAAGGCAUCCAAUAUGUGAUAAAGACAUCUUGAGCAUGAAUAUCUAGUCUUCAGAAGACCCAAGGCUUCCAGCAAUCCACAGGACCAAUUUUUACCUGUUAGAAAGUUUUCUAAACAUCAACCAGUAUGACACAAAUGGCAUGUUGUUUUAUUCAGGCCUUUGCAUUGUAUACUGAAGUGGCAUUAACACUAGCAAAUAAAAUUAUAAUCCAUGUUGGAGAACCAAUCACUAAAAAUACACUAAAUUAUACAAACACAAUGGAAGGUUGUCAAAUUUGCCUAUAAUCUUGUUUUAUAAUGGUCAACUUCCUCUGAUUGCUAUUGUUGUGUAUUAUUAAUAGCAUUUACUAUUUUAUCGCAGGUAAUAAACAGAAGGAAGCUGCCUCUGUUAUAGAUAGCAACUCCUUUAGGUAGGAGUUAUAGGCAGCAAUGUAGGUUAUGGUUAUACCUAGUGUGACUGAAGUUAUAAAGUAUAUUACUCAGGCAUCUAUAGCCAGAUAAUUGUACAGUAGUGGUGAAGAUGCUCAAUGUAGUAUCAAGCUGCUCUACCCUGCUUUAUCCAUCUAGGAAAGGGAUCAAAAUCAAGCAGCAAAGGUUAUUCAUAAAACUUUCGUCUUUCAACACAUUUGAAUGCAAACUGCAGAGAAUAUUAAAUAAUUUAAAAGAUCACUCCCUAAUACUGAACUCAGCUCUUUUUCAGUCAUUAAGAAGCUUGCAGACAAAGCCAGGUAGAGACUGCUUGACUUAAGCAAAAAGUAAUAGAGCAGAGGCAUCACUUAAGGGUGUAAAGUAUAAUAUGGAUGGAAAGUAGGGGUUUAAAAGUGUGUGUGUGGGGGGUGGAAUUAAGAAUGUCAGUGAUGUUGCAGAGCAGGUGGGGGCAGGUUUGAUUCAGGGGUUGUAUGUCUAAAUCCAUUCCAUGCAAAGGUUACAUUUGAUCAUAGAGUCAUCGAGUAAUACAGCAUGUACACUGGCCCUUCAGUCCAUCAUGUCCAUGCCGACCAAGAUGCUAUUUGCCCGUGCUUUGCCCAUAUCCCUCUAAACCUUUCCAAUCCAUGUACCAAUGAAAUUAAUCAGACCAUUUUUUAAAGCUAUAGUUUAGUAUGAAAUCAGCUUCAAUCUCUUUUCUGAAUGUUUCCCUUUGCUGUUCCUGUCGACUGUAUGCUGGAUAAAAUAUUGUAACAUCCUGUGUGUCUGCACUGGAAAAUAUUGUAAAAAAAUGUGAAAACUGAUGUAAAAUAAUCCACAAACCUCUUACACAUGAUCUCAGCAGAUUUUUUAAACAACAGUAGCCCAAUGAAGUUUAAAGCCAAACUGAGUUUGUCUCUGACUGUUACCUUCUGCUUUUCAUAGGAUUUGUGUGAGAAAUGUUUUUCAAAGAAUUGCCUCUCAAGGGGAAAAAUUAAUUUAAUACAAAUAGGUCAAUCAUUACAUUUAAGAAAUUUCUGUCAUUUUAUUUCUCUGUCAUUAAUAAAUAACAAUGGUAAUUCCUCUCCUGAAUUUCUUUUAAAAAUUUGCAGGUGGUUUUAGCUAUGGUUGCUGUGGCAUAUGUGAAUAAUUGUGACAACACUGCAUGGUGUAUUUGAUCACGUGUGUAUAGUUGUGCACAUGUGCACUGUCUGAGUAGGACCCUGAAUAAACCAGACAGAACUUUUA